UUACAACCGGCUGAAGCAGGUGCUGAUAACACAGCUGGAUGGGGAUGCUCCCCUGAGACAUGAGCUCCAAAAGAUCAGCAUGAGGUCCACUCCUCCCAUACAACGACACCUUCCCUUGAGCUUUGGCACACGGCACAUAUAACGUGACCUCAUCUUUUUGCAGCUUUCAGUGUGAUCUCGGUCAUCGAAUGAGUGUUUGCCUUCUCUUGUCUGUAAAUGCCUGCUUUUAAACCCCCACGUGAACGAAGGUGGGUGGUCAGGAUGCAGUGGACGUCUUUGCUUUAUGCCGUGCUGUUGAUCGGUUCCAGUAUCUGCUCGGUGUUUGGGAAUUCGGUUUUAUUGUUGGUGGUGUUAUUUGACAAGAGCUUGCGGACAGACACCUGGCCUCUUACGAUGAGUUUCUGUCUAAGCGAUCUGACAUUGGCCAUCUCCGUCAUCCCUUUUGGAAUCCAUAACAGCCUUUACUCAGUGAAGAGCUAUUCGAGCAAAAGUGUCCUCUGCCAGGGCAGUGCCUUCUUGUUUCUUCUCUUUCAACUCGCCUCCAUCCAUUCCCUCACCUGGGCCGUUGUCGACAAGUUCACCGAGAUCUGCUUCGCUCUCAGUUACACCAGCAUCUUCACAGCACACAGGGUUAAAGUCAUCCUUACCUUGGUGUGGGUCUAUAGCCUCCUCAACGCCGCUAUGCCGUUACUCGGCUUCGGUAGUUACAGCUACAGCGAGAUGAAGUUCCUCUGCUUUCCCAGCUUUCAACCGUCCAGAAUCGGCUUCAACAUGCUCUUCAUGGUGCUGGGAAUAAUCAUUCCUAUUCUUCUAAUGUGCUCCAUGUACGGAUAUAUAGUUUAUAUAGCGAGGAAUCAGGUGAAACGAGGGACGUUCGUAUGCAACGAAGACCACUGUUUCUAUGUACCGGCCAAUAACUACUUCAAGAGCUCCAUAGUAAUGGUCACAACGAUAGUGUGUCUGCUUGUGUGUUGGCUGCCAUACAUCAUCAUCUGCUUCUAUGAGACGCUGACAGGAAAGGAAAGCUCGCAGUUUGUCUCAGUCAUUGCCACGUGGCUUGUACUGUUCACUUCAGCCCUUAACCCAUGGAUCAACUCCAUGACUCGAACGAGGUACAGAGUGGCACUUCGCAGAAGUGUGAAUAAAAUCCGAAAGAUGCUUCAGCAUCCUUGUAAAACCUCCCUCUUCAAGUGUACAACCGUACAGCCGGCCCGCGAGAGCAACAAAUCUACUGCAUCAUCUCCCAGCGUGCCUCCGGCACCACAAACAAACAACAGACCCCAACAGGACCUCACUCUGGCUUGAACACAACCCACAAUGACCUCUCCCUCCUACUCUAAGGGUUUAAAUUGAGCAGAAAUAACCAUGACUUACAGCAUCGCACGCAGCAUCGGUUUACUCGGCACAACAGGGCACUGGGUCGUGGAGAUAUAACUAGGAGCAAAUUGCUGCUUAUCAUGUACAGACUUCACAGAGACCUUGGAGGAACUUGUAAUAUAUUGUGCAUAAAGUAUUUUGCAUAAAAGUAAUCCAUGAACAACUUAAUUUAACAAAGACUCUGCUCUACCAAACCAAAACAUGCAUCCACAGGAAUGCAUUAUUUUUCGAUAAAUGCACACGUAAUGUCUUAAUAUAACCACCAGAGCAAUGUCUGUGGUAACCGUAGUAUAAGCAGAUAAUUGAAAACGGUUCUUUGAAUUAAUUGAAAA